CCAAAGUCCAACUAUUGCAACAUGUCCUAACUUCAACUCCGGAAAGCGCUGGAAAGGAUUUUCUCUGACUACAGAUUUGAAAUUAUGGACUAAGAACAAACCAAGGAUGACCGCUCAUUAGCACAGGAACUGAUCCACUUCAAGCACAGUAUGGUGAAAAGAGUACUGGUAGCCUAUGCCCUGUGGGCCAUGGGUGGGCCUUUGGGUCUUCACCAUCUCUACUUAGGAAGAGACAGCCAUGCUCUACUGUGGAUGCUAACCCUGGGAGGUUUUGGGUUUGGCUGGGCCAGAGAGUUCAUGCGUAUUCCUGCAUACGUAAGUGAGGCCAAUCGAGAUGCAGAAAAAGAAAGAUGGCCUCACAUAGAGGGACCCCCACCCGCCAGCCCCGUCAGAUUUGCUGGACAGGUGUGUGUUGGAAUCUACUUUGGAGUGGUAGCUCUCAUUGGACUAAACUCCCUCAGUUUCUUCUACUUGAUUGUUCUGCCCUUAAGCGUGGGUGCAGGAGUUCACUUGGUGUCCAGUGUUGGUGAACAGACUGCAGAUCUCCAAAAAACCCUGACUGCCUGUCUUGUUACAUCACCAAUAUUCUAUGGCAGCUCUCUGUCACCUCUUCCCAUAAGCUUGGCUGCUAGCAUCACUGCCUCACAGAACCGCAAGUUCAAACCUUCCAAAGCACGUGGCAGCCAGCAGAAAUUAGGUCCACGGCUUUACAGGAUUGGUCUUGCUUGGCUGGCCUUCUCUGCUCCAUUGGGUUAUUGUUUUUUUUACAACACUACAGCCACACUGUAUUACAUGUCUGACACAAUAGCUGCACUGCUGGAUAUUUUCUGGUUCCUGCCUUGGCUCAGAGGUGUGUUGGAAUACUUUCUUCUAAUGCCAUAUCGUAUCUUGUGUGCAUUGACUGGAGGGGGAUACCACGAAGAUGCUUGGAGGAAGGUGCUGGAAAUACUGCUGAAAGAGUACACAGAGAGAGAAAAAGAGGCGUUGAGGGUAUUGUCAUUGGAGACAGAAGCAUCACUUGAGGAGAUAACCCGAAGCUACAGGGAUCUGGCCAAAACAUGGCAUCCAGACCACAAUCCCAGCAAUGAUGCUGAGAAAAUGUUCAUGAAGGUCCAGGAGGCUUAUGAGGUCUUGAUGAAAUGGCACAAACCCCAUAGAUUCAAAUAACAGUGCUGUAUUUCUUACAGAUUGGCCAAACUCGAAUUUCAGUAAUAAAGGAGCAGUUUUGUGAUGUGCACCGUGUUUAUGGACCACCUGUCAGUUCCAAUUUCUUCUAUCUUUAAUUGGAUUGAGAUCCUGAAGGUUUGCAGGACAUGUAAUUAAGUUGAUCUGCAGUUCUUAAAGAAAGGUUUGAAUGUUUUUUGUUCAUUUGGAAGAUACAUUAUUAAAAAUUAUUUCAUCAUCAUCAAACCUUCAGGACUGGUGGAACAAGAAAAGUGUCUAAAAUGUCAACGUGCACGAAUGGCUGUUAGGGUCAUCUGUCUCUAUUAUGGUCCUGUAAGGAUUUAGAUAAAAUGUUUUUCAGCCACUUGGCAGGUUUUACUCCCUACCUUGACCAGUUGAUAUAGCACCCGCCUCCCUGUGACUUUACAACAUUAAGUGAGCAUAGAAAAUUACAUUUUUCAAUUGAGAGCUCUGUGGAUGGAGUCAUGUAUCCUGUCAGGCAGAGAUGCCUCCAAGCACUCUUUUUUAAAUGCAGACCCAUUUGCAGAAUUAGACUUGUGCAGGUAUUUGUAUAACCCUUCUCUGUUCUGCAGAGAUGUCAAUGAAUUAUUUUGAUGUAUGUUUUUAGAAAGCCAGGAUUGUUGUCUGUUAAAAUAAAUAAAUUUGUAUCAUU